AUGAGUGCUGAAACCCCCCAACCCGUUCAGAACUAUGAAGUUUACGACCAUUCCGCGGAUGUGGAAAAGAAGCAAUAUGAUGAAGAGCCCGUCGAUGACCCUUUUGGAAAUGAGGAAUCUGGGGAAGUGAAGUAUCGCAUUAUGCCCUGGUGGCAAGCGGGAAUGCUCAUGGUCGCUGAAAAUAUCUCACUGGGUAUCCUGUCUCUGCCAUCGGCAGUGGCUACGCUGGGAAUUGUCCCUGCACUUAUUCUCAUUCUAGGCUUGUCCGGCAUCUCAUGGUACACUGGUAUCGUGAUGGGUCAGUUCAAGCAACGGUACCCCCAAGUUCACAGUAUGGGUGAUGCCGGCGAGCUUCUCAUGGGUCCAAUUGGGCGAGAAGUCUUCUAUGUCGGCCAACUUUUGUUCAUUAUCUUCUUGAUGGCCAGUCACAUUCUCACCUUCACCGUGCUGUUUAACACAAUCACCAACCAUGGAACCUGUACCAUCGUGUUUGGUGUCAUCGGCUUGAUUGUCAGUUGCAUUGCAGCCCUUCCCCGAACGGCCGAGAAGGUCUUUUAUAUGUCCACCAUCUCCGCCAUCAGUAUUUUGGUCGCCACCCUGGUCACCAUGAUUGCGAUCGCCGUGCAGGCCCCCGACGACGUUGUAAACGACAUUACCACUACCCCGACUUUCCAGGAAGGCUUCCUGGCCGUGACCAACAUUGUCUUUGCUUUCAUUGCCCACGUCUCUUUCUUCGGCAUCAUGUCUGAGAUGCAAGAUCCCAAGGAGUUCCCCAAGGCUUUGGCUAUGCUCCAGGUUGUCGACACCACCAUGUACAUCGUUACCGCCAUGGUCAUCUAUUGCUACGCUGGCCCAGAUGUGGCCUCUCCGGCUCUGUCAUCCGCCGGCCCCAUGAUGAAGAAGGUCGCCUACGGUCUGGCCAUCCCAACAGUUAUCGUCGCUGGUGUGGUGUUCGGCCACGUCGCGUGCAAGUACAUUUACGUUCGCAUUUUCCGCGGUGAGCGCUCGCACCACAUGCACCAGAAGAGUCUCCUAGCCACCGGUACUUGGGUUGCCAUUGGCUUGACCACGUGGACCGUUGCCUGGGUCAUCGCAGAGUCAAUCCCGGUCUUCAACGAAUUGCUGAGUCUGAUCAGCUCUCUGUUCGGUAGUUGGUUCAGCUAUGGAAUGCCUGCCAUCUUCUGGCUCAGCAUGAACAAAGGACAGUGGUUCUCAAGCCCCAGCAAGAUCGCUUUGACUAUCGUCAACCUGAUCAUUCUUGGAAUUGCUAUUGCCAUUUGUGGUCUGGGACUGUACGUCUCCGGUGUGGCUAUCAACGAAAGCUCCUCCAACGCCAGCUGGACCUGCGCCAACAAUGCCACCUAA